AUGGCGCACUUCCAGGGGCAGCAGCACGGCCACCCGGCGGCCCGCGUCGACGAGUACGGCAACCCGGUGGCGGCCGGCCACGGCAUCACCGGCGCCACCGGCACCGGGAGCUACGGUGACGCCGGGGGUUAUGGCCGGCAGGCUGGGUACGGCGCCACGGGAACCGGCGCCCACGACGCCGGCGGUUAUGGUGGUUCUGGCCAGCCGGCGUACGGUGCUACCGGCAGUGGCAUCCAUGACGCCGGUGGUUUUGUGCCUGGGCACACAGCUGGGCAUGGCGCCACCGGCACCGGAGUACACCACGGUGCUGGUGGUUUAGGCGCUGGGCAGACGGCGGCCGGGUAUGGAACCGCGGGCACGGGAGGCCACCACGGUGCCACCGGUUUAGGCACCGGGCAGGUGGCUGGCUAUGGGACUACCGGUACGGGAGCACACCAUGGCGCCGGCGGUUUAGGCAUGGGGCAGCCGGCCGGGUAUGGCGCUGCUGGCACCGGAGCCCAGCAUGGCGCCGGGCACACCGCCGGGUACGGAACCACCGCAACGCCUGACACCAUGGCAUACGAGAGCACCGGCACCGGACCACUCGGAGCCACCACCGGCACCGGCGCGUAUCCGCACGGCGGCGGGCAGUUCCAACCAGCGAGGGAGGACCACAAGACUGGGGGCAUCCUGCACCGCUCCGGCAGCUCAAGUUCAAGCUCGUCAUCCGAGGACGACGGCAUGGGCGGGAGGAGGAAGAAAGGCAUCAAGGAGAAGAUCAAGGAGAAGCUCCCCGGCGGCAACAAGGGCACCCAGCAGCAGCCGCAGAUGAGCACCACCACUGCGGCGACCGGCGGAUACGGCGCCGGCGCCGGCCCAGGGUACGCAGGCACGACAACCACCACCGGUACUACCGGCGGAACGACGUAUGCACCGGCGCACGCCGCCGGGACGCACGAGAAGAAGGGCAUGAUGGAGAAGAUCAAGGAGAAGCUCCCCGGUGGGCAUCGCUGAGCAGUCCGAAGUUGAUGCAGUUUUAGGUCCAGCUAGCUCUGGAGCCAGCAUGCAACUAUGUAUGUAUCUUCAGAAUAAAUGAUACUUCGAUGUGCGAGUGAAUAAAGAUGUGUGGUUUGCUUGUUUUUAUAUGAGGUUUGGAUAUGCACGGUCUCAUGUAUAUAUAACCGAUGGAACAUCUAAAACUUUCG